GUAUAAACUCAUCAUUCAGUUGUUCUGUUACUCACACUCAACACUGAAAACCAUUCUCAAAAAUCACAGAUCUGUUCUCAAUCGUUAAACUUAUGCAACCAUAAAUUCUCUCGAUCCAAACACUUUUUAAAUGCAUAUCUGAGAAAAUCCAAGAAAAUUGUAGAAAUGACAUCAUUUCUACACCAAAGACCACUCCACAAUUCGCUCUCAGAUCCUCACCCAUUAUCAAAUCAAGAUAAUCCAUCCGAUUCUCAGAAACAAAUUUCAAUCUUCAGCCGUACCGGUAUUGUAAUUCUGUUAUCUCUUCUGUUAAUUCUCGGCGUCUUCAUGCCAUGGACGGAGUUACCUCACGGAAUAUUCUCUUCUAUGAAACAAUCUUCUUCCGUUACUAAAUGGCGUCAGUACACGUUGCAUCAAGCGGCGUCGUUUGUUGCCAAGAACGGGACUGUGAUUGUUUGUGCUGUUAGUGAGCCUUAUUUACCGUUUCUUAGUAACUGGUUGAUUAGUAUUACGAGGCAAAAGCAUCAAGAUCAAGUGCUGGUUAUUGCUGAAGAUUAUGCGACGCUGUAUAAGGUAAAUGAGCGGUGGCCGGGGCAUGCUGUGCUGGUUCCUCCGGCUCCGGAGUCGCAAACCGCUCAUAAAUUUGGUUCUCAGGGGUUUUUUAAUUUCACAUCAAGGAGACCUCGGCACUUGCUGGAUCUUUUGGAGCUUGGGUAUAAUGUCAUGUACAAUGAUGUCGAUAUGGUUUGGUUAGGAGAUCCUUUCCCAUAUUUUCAGGGAAAGCAUGAUGUGUACUUCACUGAUGACAUGGCGGCUGUGAAGCCUCUAGAUCAUUCCCAUGAUUUGCCGCCUCCUGGGAAAAAGGGGCGAACUUAUAUCUGUAGCUGUAUGAUUUUCCUGCGCCCUACUGAUGGAGCAAAACUAGUCAUGAAGAAGUGGAUUGAGGAACUUCAAGCUCAGACAUGGUCUAAAGCAAAGAAAACAAAUGAUCAGCCUGGUUUUAACUGGGCAUUAAUGAAAACUGCUGGACAGGUGGACCUCUACCUGCUGCCACAAGCAGCAUUCCCCACGGGAGGAUUAUAUUUUAAGAACGCGACAUGGGUGCAGGAAACCAAAGGAAAACAUGUUAUCAUUCACAACAACUACAUUACGGGUUUUGACAAGAAGAUAAAGCGCUUUCAUGAUUAUGGCCUCUGGUUGGUAGAUGAUUAUGCUCAAGAGUCGCCACUUGGAAAAUUUUGAGUUGAAGACCUUAGAAGGACCGGUCACAGUUCUCUUCUGGAGAAACCAAGUUGCAAAUUGGGUUAUUUUCACCCACCAACUUAUAGUCCCUCGAUCAUUUUGAAGCAUAGGGAGCAUCCGAGUCUAACGGUCCUGAUCUUUUUUCCUUCAUUAGUAAAUUCAUUACAUAAGGGAGCUGCAGGAGUGUUAUUAUUGUUGUUAAAAUGAGCUAUUAUUCCCUGUUCUAGAGAUGAAAUUAAUGGGAAUGAGAAGUAGUUGCUUAACUUUUUUUGCAGAAAUACAAUUUGAUGUACUAAACGAGCAACGAAGCAUUUUUUUGAGAUCUGGUGGAUAUUAUUUAAAAUA